UUUAUGCUUGUGUUGGUAAUAUUAAGCUUUCGUUUGUACAUCUAAAUUCGCUUCGCCUACAGAUACUUUUCAAUAAAACUGCAUUAACCAUAAUUCCAUUCGACACAGCUUGGGUCAAGAGUACCAAAGAGAGCGAUCACUUCGAUGAACUUCGUUAGGCUUCUUUUCUUUUCAGUGAAAAAAGUGUCCAGGUAGCAGAGACGGGUCAUUUUACGCCAGUCUGUCAGUGAAACGCUACAGGGAUAGCUCUUUGAUUUGGAAAUGGAGUCAGACGGCACAGAAGUUUCCUCGGGCUCUAUGGAGAACCAGAAGAGCGGAGGUGAGAGCUUCCUGACUCCCACCGCCCUGAUUGACUCACCGGAUCUGAGUGCGGCUGAAACUGACCGGAACAAUGAUACCCGGAAAAACACAGGAGAGUCUUCAGAGCAGAACAAGGAUGGAUUAAAAGUGUGCCAGUUUUUCCAGAAGGGAAAGUGUCACUUUGGACGAAGAUGUCGUUUAUCACACAGUGACCCAUCACCGCAUGACUCAGCGGGUCUAUCCACUGACAUGGAUGACAAACAGGAUGAAGAAAAGAUGGAAAAACACAAGAAGAAAAGAGGCGCCGUGAGCAAAGCGAUGAAGCCUAAAGACAACGAGGGGAAAGAUGUGAACAAAAAGCCCCGCAUGCGCACAGCAGAUGAGGUUAUCUCUCGCAUCUUGUGGGACACAUCGGUGGACGCUUCAGAGUUUGUGGUGGGCUACGUGGAUCGCUUCCUCGGUGUGCUGGAGCGCCCUUUCUGUGACUUCAACUGGGACACCAACCCCUGUGACUGCGACUACACGACAGAGCUGGCUCUGCCCAGACACCGGAUCCAGUACUUCGCCUACAGAGGGCACCGCGUCUGGGACCGCCACAGCAGAACUGACAGGGUUUUUGGCUCCACCGGUCAAUCUCUGUCUCCCCCGUUUGGAAAGGAGGAGGAAGUAAAGGAUGGAAGCAGAGUAAAGGAUCCAGAGCAAGAACAAGACGGUGAUUGUGAAACAACAGAGGAGCAGACAGGUGCUGUGGGUGGUCAGGAUGAAGACUGUGUUCGUACCAAAAACAGACAUGUGGAGGAAGAGGAGCUGAAUGAGAUGAAUCACACUUUUGCCCCCACACAUUGUGGAGGAAACACUUCUCAGGAACAGCAGGAUUCUCGUGGAUUAUGUGUUGAAGAGGAGGCUGCAAAUAGACUUCAAUUGCCAAGGGCGAAAAAUUCCUCAUUUCCGGAAAAUGACCAGGAUGUAAAUGAGGAAGGAGAGGAGAGACAUUUUGAAGACUGGGAGGAAACCUCGGAAGGUCAUGAAGACACACAGGAUCCAGCACUGGAGCAGGCAGAAGAGAAAAGUGGCAGGCGUCCUCCGAAGAAAAAACCCACUCACUUCAUCACCUUCCGGGCCAACACUCCUACGAUCCUGUCCUGCUUCCAGCAGCUGCAGGAGGAGCUCACCGUCCUCCUCCCCUCCUCUGCUCCUCACUGGCAGACCGCCUCCAAGCUGCACGUCACCCUGUGCCUCCUGGUGUUGCGCGGCCCAGCCGAGGUGGCGGCCGCGGUGGAAAUCCUCCGCCGGUUCGCCCAACUGGACCGCAACCCACCCGUGGCCGUGACCUUCCCGGUGAAGCUGAAGCACUUCAGUGGCAGGGUGCUGUACCUGAGCCCCCAGCCUCAGCUGCGCCUCCACCAGCUGAACUGCGGCCUGCAGGAGGCCUUCAGGAAGGAGGGCUGGUUGCACCGGAGCUCCUACAACCCGCGGUUCCACCUCACGCUGGCUAAGGUAGAAGACACAGAGGGGGAGAGGAUUUUUGACGGCGUUUGGGACCUGAAGGUGGGGAAGGGGUUGAAUUUUGGGCGGCAGCCAGUCAACACCUUACACCUUUGUACUGUUAGCGGCGCCGAGGUGAACGGUUUUUAUGAUAUCAUUUGCACCGUAACUCUUCGAUAAUGAAGACAUGUCUCUCGUCACCUGCACUAUUCUACUUAUAGCUAAUAAAUAGUGAUUUAAAUCACUAAACAGCACAUGACUUGGUGCAAUAAGAUAUGUUUACUCUUUUGACAUAUUCAUUAAAACUGAUGCUAAGGCAAGAUUUUUGGUAUUUAUUGAAGCAAUAAGUCAUAAAUUCAAAAAGAUGCAGUUCUCUCACAUUAAUUGUGCUUUACUAUUUUUCAUAUUUGCCUUAAUUUUGCAUACUUUGAGACUUACUUUGACCCCUCUGGGGUCCCUUCAUUUAGUGCCAUUGCUAUUGAGCAUGAAAAAUACUUUAUAAAGACUGCCAUAGGAAUGUUAUAUAUUGUAAUUAUUCAUUUCAGUCCUCACCAUACAGAACCGAUUUCUGUUGUGUUAAAUGUAUUUCAAUACAACAUAUUGGAAAAUUAAAUAAAACCAAAUCAAAUUGUAAUGAUGGUAUAAAAUCACAGGUUGUUUUUUCAAGGCAUGAAAAUUUCCCCCAAAACAUGAAACCUGAUCAAUUUUGCUUUUACAAUUUGCAUGAGCACAUUCAAAACAUAAAAUACGUAGUUUAAUAAUAAGUCACAAAAGCUAAAUUAUUGAAGCAAAUGCAACUCAUCUGAACUUCCUGUAACAUUUUGUUUACAGAAACUCAGAAGCAUUUGAAUUAGAGCAGAAAUCAGUUGUUAAAAGGCCUGUUUGUUUUGUAAGGAUAAAGCAAUCGUGCAAAGUUUUGAGUUGCUAGAAAUUUCCAUGAGACUAUAAGCAUGAAGCUCCUGGUAUUAGAUUUAUUUGACCAUAAAGAAGACUUUACUUGAAAUAAUAACAAUACUUCAUUUAUAUUGUGUGAGAAUUACGUUUUUAGCUGUAUAACUUUUUAUCAGAUUUUCUAUCAGAUUUUUACAGAAUUGAUUGGUUAAAACUAAUUGGAUCAAAAUAAUCUAAAGAAAUUCCAGAAAGCAAUCAAUGGACAAUCAAUGAUCAUAAUCUGGGCUCUGCCUAAAUUGAGCUGUUUUUCAUUUCAUUUGACUUUUUCUGAAGUUGAUGGAUCUAAUCUCCCAUUGAUCCAUCCUAUUGAACUUUGGCCUGUGUUUUUAAAAAAGCAAAUUAAGCACUUGUACUGUUUCUUAAACAGUUGUGAUAAAUAAAUGGUUGUUAAAGGUGUACAAACUUUUAUCUUCUUGAUGUUGUAAAGCUGCCAGGGUUUGUUAGCUACUCGGCUCGUUCUCUGCUGCCUUUCAUGAUUAAUUCGAUUAUGAAUAUUGAAUGUAAUGUGUUUCACAAGACGGAUCAGUCCGUAUUCUUCCACAAAUUAUUAUGACCGCUCAUUUGCUUUUGCAAUUAAACUUUAAGCGGAUGAUUUAAA